CACAAGUGAAACGCAGCGCUUACUGGAAUCACAGCUUCGGUUGGAGAAAUGCAAAAACGUCACCGUGCCCGGUGUACGACGGAAUAAAGAGUAAUCGUAUGUAAAAAGUGAGAAAUGCAUCGCUCGUCGGUGGUGUGUGUGCUGUGCUGGUGCAUGUGCAUUGGGGGCCUGCUGGUGGGCGUCGUUGGCAGCAACGAUGCAACGCACCCCGCUGCUUCUGCCCAACCGAGCCCCAAUGUCAACACGACCGUUUCGAAGGUGAUCGAUGCGAUGCUGGCGGACGGACACAGGAUGGCAAGCGACGGUCUGGCCAUUCCGAUUCCGGAACACCAUCACGACAAGGCGCAGCGCAUCGUGCCGCGGAAGGGCGUGGACAACGACGGCAGUCCGAGCGUGGUGGGCUCUUCUCGGCUGAUGAUGAAGAACCCCCCGGUUCCCGCCUCCACCAGUCAGUCGGCCAGCGUGGUCGCCUCGGACGAGAAACCGACCGUCACGUCGACGGAGGUGCCCGCGGUUGCGGUGUCGAAACUGGCACAUUCGGACAGUAACGCAACACGUGGAGGGGUGAACAACGAUGUGGCAACGAACAGCAGCGCCAGCACCGUCCACUCGCAAUCGCCGUUGCCCUUGGCAAACGCCACGAAAACAUCCGCCUCGAGUGCAACCGCUGGCGCCAGUACAUCAUCAUCAUCAUCAUCGUCAUCGUCAUCGUCAUCGACAAGUGCGAUAGCAGUGUCAUCGAGUACGGCUGCACCACCACAAUCAAAGGCAGCCGUAACAGUCGGAGGGGUAAACACUACGCGAUCUGCAAACAGCACCUCGUCGGGAAGUACGCUGACGACAGCGUCAACCAUCAGCACCACCUCCUCGACAACGUCUUCGACGACGACGACGACGACUACGACGACCAGUACCACCACCACCAAGCCUCCCACGAAGCCAAAAGUCACGUACUCGGUAGAGGACGAACCGAAACUGCUCCAAGCGGCCAAACCGGGCUACUCGUCGCCGUACGAUCCGGUCGACAGCAGCGGGCGCUUACGUGUGGACGAACCGCUCGCACAAUUCUCCAAGGAGUACAUUCCGUCCGAGUUCGGCGGCCGGGACGCGCCCAACAGCCGCCGGGAGUACGUCGUCCCGAUCGUGACACUCAUCUUCGCCAUCCCGCUCCUGCUCGGACUGUUCCUGCUGUCCUACCGGCGCGCCAAGGAGUUCUGGCUGACGCGCCACUAUCGCCGCAUGGACUUUCUCAUCGAUGGCAUGUAUAACUACUAGGAAACAUACAUACACACACACACACACACUGAAAUAAUCUCAGCUAGCGAAUAUCGUCCCCCAAAUGUUAAUUACCGCGACUGAAGUGCCUUCUUAUUACACACAAAAAAACACACCCACACACAAACGAACGCAGGUGGAGUGCAUUACUCCGGGCAUUACUCGUCCCUAGGCUGCUGCGUACACACAUCCUUCAAGCAAUCCCCCCUCGUAACACCUAACUAACGUAACUUUGGUUGCUUACGCUCAUAUCACCAGUUCCCCGUUAUAGUUUUCUAAUAUUUGUACCAGUUUUUUGACCCAUUUACUAAACAUUUACCGCGGCCGCAGUCCACCAACCGAAAGCAUUGUGAUAUAAAAUCGGUUUGCAGCAAGAAUUCUCUACAUGCUUUGAAUCUACGAUAUGUUUAUCUAACAUACUCAAACCUUUUUCUUGUGCGUUGCAUUCCAUAGCACUGUUAUAUGUAUUUUUCUUUUCAAAAAAAAAAAAAAACAUUAGAGUAGGAGUCGCUCAAAAGAUUAGAAAUCAAUGCAGAAAUAUCCAAUCGAUCCAAAUCGAUACUCCGUCACAUCUGUAUUGUAAAGGUAAACUGUUCCCGGCCGUAGCGAACACUUAAAACUUGGCCAAAAUUAGUACACCCUCCCCCCUACCCAUGUGCCCCUCUAGCUAAACAAAUUUAUCGAAAAAAAAACUAAACAUGAAAAUAUAACCGCAAAUGUCUAGUCUAACUACGCACUAAAGCGGUGAAACUAAAUAAUAGGUAUAUAUAGAGCAACACUAAAAGAGGGGGAAAAUUAAAAAAAAAACAAGGUGAUUCCAAAUUUAUCUCGCUUCUUCCUGUCCGGCGAGACAGCGUUUGGCCGCGAUUUAGUAAUUGAC